AAUGGGAACGAUUACGAUAGGAAAAUGUUAAUGUCAAUGUUACAUUAAUUAUAUUUCUUGCGAUUGUUCUUGUGAUUAAAAUGAAAUCCGUACAAAUAGAAGCAAUCGAUUUACAGAAUAAUCAACAAGAAAUCGUUCUAAAAAGCGUUCUCCUGGAGAUUCAUCAGAAAGAUAAUCAAAGUUUUCAUCAACGCGUAAACCAACAAGUAGAAGUAAAUCAUCUAAUUCUGAUAAAUCUGUUUAUUUAUAAUCUGAUUACUGUAACAUUACAACUGAAUCAUUAAAAUAAAGAAAGAAGUCGAAACCACGUCCAACUUUCAUUAAGUCAAGAUCGUUAUAUAUCUUUGAAGCUGAUACUGAUAAGAACCUCUCUAAUAAUGUAGAGUAGAGUUCAACUCCACUUUCUUUAUCAGAUAUAGGAACUAUCAAUAGACCUAAAAUGUAAAGUAUGGAUAAAGGAGUAUUAAAAAAAUCAACAGAAUAAAUUUAAUAGAAAAAAUACGUAAAGUGGAAUCUACCUUAACAUUAUCUUAGAUCAAAUAAAUAAUAACAAUAGGAAUUUUAUUCAUGA